AUGAAGCUGAAUAUGGAUAGUUUGCCGACGGUCAUAAGCUGUUGCUUUUGUUGUUUCCUGAGAGCCGGCACUGUUGUUAUAUCUAUGUUCUCAUUUAUAUCAGGCUUACUAUUUGCUCCCAACGUGAGUCAUGCAAAAGGCUUUUGGAGCAUGGACCCCGUCUUAUCAUACCACAGCGCAGCGACUGAAGCAGCUAUACAAUUAAUACUUGGCAUAGUUUCUAUUCUUUUAUGUAUUGCCAGCGUCUUACUGCUAGUUGGCUCGAUAUGUAACCUUCCCAUCCUCAUCCUAGUGUAUCAAUGGGGGGCUGUGGUCUAUUGUGUGACAGUUUUCUUGCUGUUCUUCGUACUGGCCAUGUUCUGUUUCUUCGUUCACUCCAACUGCGUAUUAGCUGGCAUAGUUCUAUGCGGACUUAUGGUCAGCAAUGUUUUGGUGACGGCGUAUUUCGUGAUAGUUGCUAAUAGUCUCCGAUUAUCCCUUAAAUUUCUAGCAAGUCAAGAAUCAAUCCUCGCUUGA